GCCUCCUUUUCCUUCUAAUCAGUAAUCUCUAUAACUACUAGGCUACCCCCAAAAGACAUUGUCACCUCCCUUAUCAUACAAACCAUAACCCUGCUUGGAAGCACUCCCUACCACAAGGCACAAGCAAUGGAGCUUCCAAUGAUCCACCCUGCUUCCUACCAAUAUCUUAUCCCUUCUCAUCUUCUCUUCCCAUACAACCUUGUCCCAGAAAACUACGUUCACUGGUCAGAAACCCCGGAGUCUCACAUUUUCUCAGCUGACCUCCCUGGUGUGAGAAAAGAGGAGAUAAAAGUGGAAGUUGAGGACUCAAGGUACCUCAUAAUCCGGACCGAGGCCAUCGAUGAAUUCUCGGAGCCUGCCAGGACCUUCAUGAGGAAAUUCAGGCUUCCGGGUAGGGUCGAUAUUGAUGGUAUUUCAGCUAAAUAUGAAGAUGGAGUGUUGACAGUUGCAGUUCCAAGGUCUUUUACCAGAAGGGGUUUCUAUAUUGACCCUGCAGAUGUGCCUCAACAGCUUGAAACUCUGGCCAGAGCUGCUUGAUCUCUGUUCUCUAUCACGCUUAGUAGCUUAGUGAGGUGGUGAUAUAUGUGGUGGGGUUGUGGGAAAGAUAGGUAUUAUUUCCUUAAAAGAUCAUUGGUGAAA